AUGCCCCUGAGCCUGCCGCCUGUGCUCUCCUCUCUCUGUAAAGGUGGACCCCAAGUCAUUCGUUCCUCCGGCCUCGAGUUCAGCUUCCUGCCCCAUCGGUGGCUGCCCUGCCCCGAGCACCUUAGCCAAGGCCUGGCUGGGACUCUGGUGAGUGCCUCCCUGGGGCUGGGCCUCCAGGGCUCUGAGGACAAGAACCUGACCAGCAGCCAGGCUGGGAAGAAAGCAGGCGGCUCUCAGCGUUGGUUCUCAGGAGCUGCGGGGCCUCCAAGCCCCGGGAAUGAGGGCCCGGGAAGAGAGUGUUCACAGGAUCGGGCUCAAGUGUUGUCUGAGGGUCCGCUGGGGGUUCCCACUGGGAGUGCCAGUGAGGUACCGUUGCAUUUGCUGUACUUCGUUUCCCUGACCUCCUCAGGCUUGCAUGAGACCCUGGCGCUGCUGACCUCUCAGCUCAGACCCGACUCCAACCACAAGGAAGAGAUGGGCUUCCUGCGGGAUGUUUUCAGUGAGAAAAGCCUCAGUUACUUAAUGAAGAUUCACGAGAAGCUUCGCUACUACGAGAGGCAAAGUCCGACCCCUGUUCUGCACAGCGCUGUGGCCCUCGCAGAGGACGUGAUGGAGGAGCUGCAAGCCGCCUCCGUGCGCAGCGACGAGAGGGAGCUGCUCCAGCUGCUGUCCACCCCCCACCUCAGGGCCAUGCUCAUGGUUCAUGACACGGUUGCCCAGAAGAAUUUUGACCCUGUUCUCCCGCCUCUGCCUGAUAAUAUCGAUGAGGAUUUCGAUGAAGAAUCAGUGAAGAUUGUCCGCCUGGUGAAGAACAAGGAACCCUUGGGCGCCACUAUCCGACGGGAUGAGCACUCGGGGGCUGUCGUGGUGGCCAGGAUCAUGCGAGGCGGCGCAGCAGACCGCAGUGGCCUGGUCCACGUCGGGGAUGAGCUCCGGGAAGUGAAUGGGAUCACAGUCCUGCACAAGCGGCCCGACGAGAUCAGCCAGAUUCUGGCUCAGUCCCAGGGAUCCAUCACCCUGAAAAUCAUCCCAGCCACCCAGGAGGAGGACCGGUUAAGGGAGAGCAAGGUGUUCAUGCGGGCCCUCUUCCACUACAACCCGCGGGAGGACCGGGCCAUCCCCUGCCAGGAGGCAGGCCUGCCCUUCCAGCGCGGGCAGGUGCUGGAGGUGGUGAGCCAGGAUGACCCCACGUGGUGGCAGGCCAAACGAGUGGGGGACACCAACCUUCGAGCUGGCCUUAUUCCCUCCAAGCAGUUCCAGGAAAGACGCCUAAGCUACCGGAGAGCCACGGGCACCCUGCCGAGCCCCCAGAGCCUCAAGAAACCCCCUUAUGAUCAGCCUUGUGACAAAGAGACCUGUGACUGUGAGGGGUACCUCAAAGGGCAUUAUGUGGCUGGUCUUCGGAGGAGCUUCCGGCUGGGCCGCAGGGAGAGACUGGGAAGCCUGCAGGAAGGGAAGAUGUCCACAGCAGCCGAGGCUCUGGAGCUGCUGACCUACGAGGAGGUGACCAGGUACCAGCACCAACCCAGUAAGCGGCCCCGCCUGGUGGUUCUGAUCGGGUCUCUGGGAGCCCGGCUGCACGAGCUGAAGCAGAAGGUGGUGGCAGAGAACCCGCAGCACUUUGGUGUUGCCGUUCCACAUACCACCAGGCCUCGGAGGAGCCAUGAGAAGGAGGGGGUGGAAUAUCACUUUGUCUCUAAGCAAGCAUUUGAGGCCGACAUACAUCACAACAAGUUCCUGGAGCAUGGCGAAUACAAGGAAAAUCUCUAUGGAACCAGCCUGGACGCCAUUCAGGCUGUGAUGGCCAAAAACAAAGUUUGUUUGGUGGACGUGGAGCCGGACGCAUUGAGACAGCUGAGGACCUCGGAGUUCAAACCCUAUAUUAUAUUUGUAAGGCCUGCAAUUCAGGAAAAAAGGAAGACGUCACCCUUGUCCCCAGCUUGUGAUGACACAGCAGCCCCGCUUGAUGAGGAGCAGCAGGAGAUGUCUGCUUCUGCCGCCUUCAUAGACCAGCAUUAUGGGCACCUGGUGGACGCCGUGCUGGUGAAGGAGGACCUCCAGAGCGCGUACAGCCAGCUCAGAGUGCUCUUAGAGAGGCUGAGCAAGGACACUCACUGGGUUCCUGUUAGCUGGGUCAGGUAACUCCAUCCCAGAACAUCCAGGUUGGCGAGCACCUGGACGACCACCUCGUCCAGCCACGUUGCCCUCAAGGAAUCGCACGUGUACAGAGGGGCAGACUUUUCCGUUAACUCCAUCAUUAAGAAGAAUA